UGAACGGCUGUCAUUAGAGAGCAAAAAUAUCACAUAUGAAAAAUAUAACAUAUCCCUAAAAUUUCAACAGUGUCACUCUAGCAUAAGUUUUAUUCCGUCGAUGUUCAAGUUGUUCUUGAGAUAUCAUCCACAGACUGGAAGAAAGCCAUAUAUUGGAGGUGAGUUUACACAUCGUUCCUAUGGGAUGUAGGAAUGAAUAUUCAUGUUGAUGAAAACUUCAAUAGAAGAUUUUACAUGAUUGAAUGAUAUCAAGUUUUAAAUGCCUAACUCUCGGACAUGAUGGAAUGAUAUCAAGUUUUAAAUGCCUAACUCUCGGACAUGAUUGAAUGAUAUCAAGUUUCAAAUGCCUAACUCUCGGACAUGAUGGAAUGAUAUCAAGUUUUAAAUGCCUAACUCUCGGACAUGAUGGAAUGAUAUCAAGUUUUAAAUGCCUAACUCUCGGACAUGAUUGAAUGAUAUCAAGUUUCAAAUGCCUAACUCUCGGACAUGAUGGAAUGAUAUCAAGUUUUAAAUGCCUAACUCUCGGACAUGAUUGAAUGAUAUCAAGUUUCAAAUGCCUAACUCUCGGACAUGAUGGAAUGAUAUCAAGUUACAAAUGCCUAACUCUCGGACAUGAUGGAUUGAUUUCAAGUUUUAAAUGCCUAACUCUUGGACAUGACGGAAUGAUAUCAAGUUUUAAAUGCCUAACUCUCUGACACGGAGGAAUAAUAUCAAGUUUUAAAUGAUAAAAUCUCGGAUAUGAUAGAAUGAUAUCAAGUUUUAAAUGCCUAACUCUCGGACAUGAUUGAACGAUAUCAAGUUUUAAAUGCCUAACUCUCGGACAUGAUUGAACGAUGUCAAGUUUUAAAUGCCUAACUCUCGGACUUGAUGUGACGGAUCAUCAAUUAGCGUAGUAAUGUAUUUCUCGGUACAGUAAGGUCAAGUACUAUCAGCAUUUUUGUGACACUUAUAUCACGUAUUUGACAUUUAUUCUGACAAUGUCCAUCAUUCACCAGAGAACCAGGAGGAAACGUGGAAUUAAGUACACUCAGUUUUGCUGUGGGAUAGUAACAUAUUGUCUUUUCUAUAUUGUCAACCAAUCGUGCUUGGUGGGUAAACCAACAGUGAGUGAGAAACUAAUUAAAACGACAACCAAAGCAACAACCAAAACGACUACCAACUCCUUGGCGAGAACGGUUGUCAACAAUUACACCCAAACCGAAAUCAACAAAAAUAUCAAAAAUAUUCCAAUAAAUUCAAUCCGGCCGUUUGCUAACUUCACUUAUGCACUUGAGGUGGACAUGGUGGAACUUGUAGAGACUUACAAAAAACAAGGUUUUGUCAAAGAAAAGGUAAUAAAUCCCUUCCCUUAUACAUACAUUACCAACCCUUCUCAAAAAUGUAGACUGACGAAACAUACAGGAAGGGCAGAUAAUGUGUUUAUUCUGUUUCUCGUUAAGUCAUCGUACAGACACAUUGCGCAAAGAGACGCUAUCCGACGCACGUGGGGGGACGAACGAUACAUGACAUACUUCAAAAUCCGAACUAUCUUUGUUCUCGGUCUUCCGCCAGGUGACACUGAUUCCCGCGUCAAUACAGAAUGGCGGUUACAUCGUGACAUUCUUCAAAUUAACUUCACCGACACCUAUAUGAACAAUACCCUGAAGAUGAUGGCGAGUGUGUAUUGGACAACCGAAUUCUGUGAACAUGCCCAGUUCGUUAUUAUGAUUGAUGACGAUUUUUAUGUUUCCUUGGAAGUCUUGAUAACCCUUUUACAAAAAUUGCCGCCGGAACUACAACAGAUGCUGUACCUGGGAAACAUAUUCACGUUUCGAAAACCCAGUCGUGAUAAAGGAUUCAAAUGGUAUGUUUCUCCUUCGGAAUAUCCUUUUGAACUUUUCCCGCCUUUCAUCAACGCCGGAACUAUUGUUAUGUCCAUGGACUUUGUGAAAGACGUACGGAUCGCUAUGCCGUAUACAGCUUUUUUCCGUUUUGACGACAUUUACAUGUCAAUUGUUGCAUAUAAGCUAGGCGUGGCGCCUUUAGGGAGCGGAAGGUUCUGUAAUUGUAAGAUCCUUCCAGGUAGAAAAGAAUAUCUAUUUAAUUACAUAACGACGUCACAUGGAUAUACACCCAGGGAACAGAUAUGGGCGUGGAAUCGACAUACUAAACGCCCUGAUAUGACGCCGUUGAUAGAUAUAUGACAUUAUCCGAAUCUCUGAUAUCAAUUUAUAUCAAUUAAUGCCUGGUGUUUUUUUAUGUCCGUAUUGUAAUAAAUUACUUGUUUUACCAUAUAACACUUCCAUUCCAUAACGUUUAUCGAAUGACACCUCUAACAGUUCUGUUUAUUUCGAUUAACGUCCUAUUAACACCAAGGGUCAUUUAAGGACGUUCCAGGUUUUGGAGGUGGAGGAAAGCCGGAGUACCGGAGACAAACACCUGCCUGCGGUCAGCACCAGGCAAAUACCCAACGCAGGUUUCGAACUCGCAAUCCAGAGGUGAAGGGCUAGUGAUAAAGUGUCAGGACACCUUAACCACUCGGCAACAAAGGCCCCUUCAAAUCAUGAAUAUCUUUUUAGUGCAAAAUGUAUUGUCCGAGUCGUAU